GUCUUCCCAUUUGAGUAGAUCAUUCACUGUUGCUCUGGUCUGAGGCCAGUCACAUUAACUACGCCAUUGAACUUCUCCAGGGGGCCUGCUUCUUUAUCCUUGAUGACCUCAGGCUUGUGUUUCAAAUGCUAAGGCAGAAAUUUAUUGUGCUACUCAGAAGAGGUGCUGAAAGGGCUGGAGAUUCUGCAAUUAAAGCUCGAGGUUUGCUCCCAGCAUCCUAGAUGACUAUCAGUGCCUAAUUCCGAAUACUUCACUUUGUAUUGGCAUUAUUAUGGACUUGAUGGUAGAGGUCAACCUAAGAUAUGGGAUAUAGGAGCUGUGGAUUUUUGUAGUUUAGAUAAGAUAUCCAGGAUAGAAAUUGAUUCAAUGGCUAGAGAGCUAGGAAUGAAUCCUGAAACAAAGCUGAUUAUGUGGAAGGAUCCUACAAAGAGUAUGAGUGAUGGGUUGACAAGCCUUGAAAUUGAUAAGGAUGCUUUAGAAAUGGCAAUGGUUGUGGAGGGUUCUAAAUUAAUGCAUAUAUUUAGCAUGGAUAAGUGUGAAACAAAAGAAAAGGCUAGGGAAGAAGCUGGGCAGAAGCUAGGGCAGAAGCUGGGGAGGAGGCUGUGAAAAAUAAGGAUGAUGAAAGCUGUAAGGAUAAUGAUGCAGAUUCAGAGGACACUGAGUUUGUGGACUCUGAUUAUGACCUGAGGGAUGAAGAUGCUAAUGAUGAUGCCAUGUUUGAUGAGUUUGUUGAUAAGGAGCUUGAGAGGGACAGACUAUCUGGUUCUAGAAGUGCUAGGCAACCUGCUAAGGAGCUCUCUGAAGAGACAGAUGCCACAGUUUAUGGUCCAUCAGAUGAGAUGUUGUCAUGCUCCUCAUCUGAAGACAGCGAUGCAAAAUCAAGGAAGCAAAGAUGGCCUGUGUUUAAUGAGGAGACUGACAUGGCAAAUCCCUACUUCAAGAUUGGAAUGCUCUUCAGUUCCUUCAAACAAUUCAAGGAUGUUGUCAUCAAUCAAAAGUAGAAAUCAGGUUAUAUUUGGGCCAAAUUCAAGGCAGAAAUGCAAGGCAAAAUGCAAGAAAGGAUGCCAGUUUUUCAUUUGGGCCUACCUACUGAACUCAGACAAACAAACAAUGCAGAUAAAGUCAGCCAAUUUCAUCCACAACUGUUCAAGAGAGGCAUACAAUAGGCAUGUUAAUGCCAAUUGGAUAGCUGAACAUUAUGUUGAAAGGUUCAGAGCUGAUCCCAGUUGGGCAAUUCAAGGGAUCAUACAAGCUGUAAAAGAAGAUUGUGGUGUUGAAGUGUCCAGACUGAAAGCAUGGAGAGGAAGAAAUACUGCUUUGACAUUUAUCAAUGGUGAUGAGACAGAGUAGCUUUCUAGCCUUCAUGAUUAUAAGCUAGAACUCUUGAGAAGUAAUCUAGGAAGCACAAUAGUUUUUGGUUUGAAUGAAGGUGUUUUUAAUCAAAUGUAUAUGUGCUUUGCUGCAUUGAGGGGAUGAUUUAAGUUUUGUAGGCCUUUCAUAUCUUUGGAUGGUUGUUGGCUGAAAGGAGUAUUUGGAGGACAGCUUCUCACAGCUGUUGGUUUAGAUGCAAAUGACUGCAUCUAUCCAGUUGCAUUGUGUGUUGUGCAAAAAGAAAACAAGGAGAACUAGAAAUAGUUUUUGGAGCUGCUGGCUCAAGAUGUGGGGAUAACAAACAGUUAUCAAUGGGUGUUUAUGACUGACAGGCAGAAGGUAAAUACUCUUCACAAUUUGCUUUUCUAUUCCUUCAUAUAUUUUGGCAUAAUGGUAUUAAUUAUAUGUUGUUCUUUUGGAAUAAGGUCUUAUUCCUGCCAUUGAAGAACUUUUCCCUAAUUCUGAACAUAGAUUUUGUGUUAGACAUAUGCAUAUAAUUUUAGGAAGAAAUUUAAUAGUCUAGGGUUAAAAGAACUUGUGUGGGGUGCUGUUAAGGCAAGUUAUGUCCAGAUUUUUCAAAGGAUAAUAGAGAAGUUUGCAGCAGCAUCACAUCAAGGACAUAAUUACAUGAAUAGCAUCCCUCCUCAUCAUUGGUCUAGAUCUCAUUUUAGGACUGAUGCUAAGUGUGACAUGUUGUUAAACAACUUAUGUGAGUGUUUGAACAAUUUUAUCUUAGAUACUAGAAGCAAGGGUGUGAUAGCUAUGAAUGAGGUUAUAAGAACAAAAUUAAUGAAGAGGAUAUAUAAGAACAGGGAUGCCAUGAAAAGAGUGGCAUCUGCUUACCGCCCUAAGAUAUUGAAAAAACUAGAAAAAUGCAAAGAAUUUUGCUGGAUGUUUACAACAGAGUGGUCUGAAGGUGACAGAUUUCAAGUGGUUGGCCCAGGGGGACAGUUUGUAGUUGACAAACAAGAAAUGACAUGCACAUGUAGGAGGUGGGAUCUAACUGGAAUACCUUGUUGUCAUGCUAUAUGUGCAAUUUGGUAUAACAAUGAGAAUCCUGAAUUUUAUAUACAUGACUUCUGCAAGGUUGAAACAUACCUAAAAUGCUAUAGCCAUUUGAUUAACCCAACCACCAGUAAAGAAUUUUGGCCCAGGCAACUACCCCACCAGUCUUACCCUCCAAACCAAUAAAAUCUAGAAAAAGCAGACCUGCUAGAAAGAGAAGAUUAGAGAAAGAAGAGAUGGAAAGUCUGAUCAGAAAUGGUAAGGUCACCAAGAAGGGCUCUGUGAUGACAUGCACAGUUUGUGGUGCUAAGGGCCACAACAAGAGGUUUCAUGGUGCUGGUGCUUCUACAAGGAGGGAGAAACUGCCUGUGAAGAGGAAGACAAAAAAACAGCAAAAGGAAAAGGAAUCAAAUGUUGCAACUACUGCUGCACAGAAUGUAGAUGACCAACUUGAUCAUGUAGCUCCUACAGACACAGCUCCUUUAGGGACAGCUUUAACAUUUGAUAAUUUGUCACCGCUAAUACCAUUGUCACAGUUAUUCAAUGUAACAUCAUCAACAAAAGAAUCAGAAAAACCUGCAGUUCACUCUACUACAUCACCUUUAAAACCUACCAGCAAGAAGAGUAAAAGCAUUAAUGAUUUGUUGAGUGAGCUGCCACCAAAUCUGGCCUUUGGAAGACUUUCACAAACACAGAAAGGAGAAACUGAAGCUAAGGGAAAAAAAACUUUCAAACCCCUAGGGUUGUUGAGCAAAGAUGUUGGGGCUGAAGGAGUUACCACAAUAACAAAACAAGACAAAGAAAAACAGAAGAUUGAUGGAAGUGUUUCAACAAAGAAGAGAGCUUGGGUGCCUCCAGGAAAUGCAAAGAACAAAGGAAUUACAAUUGGAAAUCGUAAAAAAAUAACGUUUAUUUUGGUUGUUGUUUUAUUAAUAUAUUAAUAUAUGUGUGGACCUAAUAUGUGGUCUUUUGACAGAAUUUCGUUUUUUGUAAUGGCUUUUGACAGCCUUGGGUGUAGGGUUCAUGUGGACAGAAUUUCCACAUCCAUUCACUUUUUGUUUAAACAUUUCAUUAUUUAAAGUAAUCUACAGAGUACAAUUA